AUGUCAUUCAAAUCCUCACUUUUGAUCAUUUUUAUCUUGUCUCUUUCCAUGCAUGCAAUAUGCAAUGCUCGAAAUAUUGGGUUAGUGAAGGAGGGUUUUCAUGCAGAACUCUAUUUCUCCGCCAAGGUUGGAGAGAAAGUUGAACACAACAUGGAUUCAUUUUAUGGAACUAAUGAUAGAGAGGGCAUCAGUGAAAAGAGUGCUCCUGGUGCUGCCAUUUUGACUCAAGAAUCAAAGGAUUCAAAGGCUAUUACCAAAAGUUCAGGUCAUGAUCAAAAUCCCAUCAAGCCUCUAUUUUCAGUUCCUUGGGGUGCGCCUCACAAGAACCGCCAUCAAAUUCCUGGGUUUAACUCAGAUUAUGCUAUGCCUAGAACACGAACACCUUCUCAUAACUGA